AGUAUGGUCUUACUUGUUUUGAUCGUAAAGCAAAUGCACUCAUUUGUUCACAGAAGCCUAAUUGUGACAAGGUGUGUAGUAAUGAGUGUAAUUACUGAGUAAACAUAAAUAGGUGAAUUACGACCGUGCGUAAUGCAGAACUUCACAAUGGAUGCGCUGGCACUCCUUGAAGAUUACGCAAACGGCAGGAUCAGGAUGGAGAGAGUUUUUAGAGACCAUCAAGAUUUCCUGGCCAACGAUGAUGACUGGCUGAUAUGCCGAUUUAGAUUUCCUAGAGCAGUGCUCUUAAAUCUAUGUGCUGAGUUGGGCCCAGUGUUGGAGCGAUCAACCCGCCGGAACCAUGCCAUACCCGCGCAUAUGCAGGUGCUGACAACUCUCGGGAUUCUGGCAACCGGCUCUUUCCAGCGGGAAUUAGCCGACAGGUCUGGAAUAUCUCAGCCAUCGCUGAGUAAUGUAAUGCCUGCCGUUUUGGAUGGCAUUAUAAAAAUGAGCAGUCGAUACAUAAAGUUUCCAUACACUGUAGGGGAACAGGCCAACAUUAAAAGGCAAUUUGCAGCAUCAACUUGUUUCCCAAAUGUAAUCGGCGCGAUUGACUGCACUCACGUUGCUAUAAGGGCUCCAAGUCAGAAUGAGUUUGUCUACGUUAACCGAAAAAAUGUGCAUUCAGUUAACGUGCAAGUCAUUUCCGACUCAAACUUGCUUCUGACAAAUUUAGUGGCACGGUGGCCUGGGUCAACCCAUGAUUCAUUCAUCCUGGCACACAGCAGUGUAGGGAAUAGACUGCAGGCAGGUGCUUCGCGGGAUGGGUGGCUUCUCGGUGACAGUGGCUAUCCCCUGAGACGCUGGCUCCUCACGCCUUUUGCGAACCCGCAAAGCGCAGAGGAGGCGCGCUUCAAUUCCGUCCACGUUCGUGCGCGCUCUGUUGUGCUGAUGCCACUACCGAGGCCGCCAAAUAAUAUGUUUUUGCGAGCCUCCACCUCACCAACAAGUACCUCCACCUCCGUCUCCGUAAAAUUACGCUUCCUCGUCUUUUCGGUUGCCAUGAUUUAGGUUUAAAUAGCAGAGAUCAGCUGGUUCAUUUAUAUGCAGAAAUGUCCAUGAGGUGCUUUGCAUUGACCAUUUAUAGUAGAAUGUGGGCGUGUAGGGGGCGGGCUAGCAGCAGAAUUCACUUGCGCAAGCUUUCAGGCAGAGUGUGAUUUAUAAAGGGAAAAUUGCUUGCACCUGUGCGCACGCACGGUUUUAUAAAUCAGAAUAUUUUGUUGCUUACGCAAACUCUGGAUUCUUGGCGGACGUCCACUUUUAGUAGGAAUCCUACGCAGAGUUUUAUAAAUGAGCACCCAGAUCAU